CAGUAGCUUUCUGGACAGAAAGGUGUCAUGACACUCAUUAAACCUGAAUGUAUUUUGAUGAUAUUAGGUUGAAAUGCCUCAGCUGUGUGUCUACUCAGAUGGCGAAAGUAUUGACCCAUUUCUGUCAACACCGUGAGUAGAACAAAAAGCCUUGAAGGUGAAGAAGUUGUUAAGAAGUGACCCGAAGAGGAGAGCUCGAGCAUCCACCGCGGCAGCAGUAGCGCACGUCACGUGACCAUCUUGUCUGCUGCUGGCUGAGUGAAGCGUGUUAGCAGAUUUUUCUAUUUUGUACAUACAGAGUUUUGUAUAUACUGUAUAUGAUGAGCUCGCUGGGCGGCGACAAGGCCCGGGGCCCUCGGGAAAAAGCGCUGCCUGCUGCCACUCACACAUCACAACCACAGAAACUGAUACAGGCUACUGCUGAACAGAUUCGGCUUGCCCAGAUGAUCUAUGACAAGAAUGAUGCUGACUUUGAGGACAAAGUGAACCAGCUGAUGGAGGUGACAGGAAAGAACCAGGAUGAGUGUAUGGUAGCACUCCAUGACUGCAACGAGGACGUUAGUCGAGCCAUCAACUUCCUCCUUGAGAGCACCUCGGACAUGACCUCAUGGGAGACGGUUGGAAAGAAGAAGCCCCUGGUGAAGGAGGGGCCAUCAGAAGGCAAGGAGAACAAAGAGAACAGGGAGAAGAAAGGUGAGAGGGAGGCGAGCAAGGGCCGUGCAGCUGCCAAUCGCAAGGGCAAGGGAGCCAGUCGCAGUCGACCGGCCCGUCCAGAGGAGAAUGGCGUGGAGGUGACACCAGUGGAUAAAGGUGCAGAUCGAGGUCGGAGGCUCCGAGGUGGAAGAGGAUCUGGAGGCCGGGGCCGAGGCAGAGCACCUGUUGGAAGCCGGUUCUCAGCCCAGGGAAUGGGGACCUUCAAUCCUGCAGACUAUACCUCAGAGGCUGGUUCUGGGACCACACAGACUGAGUCAUGGGACACAGUGGCCAGCAAUAGCACAGAUGGGACAGUUACCUGGAGGAAUACUUUGGAAGACUGGUCACCUGAGGACUGGAGUGAAGAUGUUAGUCUCUCAGAAACCAAAGUGUUCACCUCCUCAUGUGCACCACCUGCUGAGAAUCACAUCACACCGGGGCAAAGUCUGGACCUCGCCUCUCUGCUGCAGAAGCCUGUGGGUGGAGGAAGAGAACCACCUUCCUCCUCCUCGCAGAGUCUGAUCUUCACCAACUCCCACCAUCACCACCAGCCUCCGCAACAGCAGCCACCUCCCAGCCGCACUACUAGUGGCACAAGCUACGCUCAUGCUGCUUUGUCGUCAGUUCUGGGAGCUGGUUUUGGGGAUUUGGGCCAGGCCAAAAGGACUCAGCCCAGCGCUGGAGCUCAGAUACUGGAGCAGCUAAAGGGUCCUGGCUUGGGGCCACUACCCUCAUCCCAAGCUGCACCUCCUGCCAGUACCCAAGGAAGCAGCACCUCCAUUGGCCGGCUGCCAGGCCUGGGAGGAUCUGUACCUCCACCCUCCACAUCUAGCUGGGACAUAAAGGCUUCAGAACCAAACUCCAACUCGCUGUCGUCACAGUUUAGUCGUGAGUUUGGCCUGCAGCCGGAGCCUUCUCUUGUGCUGAGCCAACUGGUUCAGAGGCACACCGCCCCGUCCUUGCCUCUGGCACGUCAAGCCAGCCCUCCGUCGCAACAACAAGCAGCCCCUUCUUCAGCCUCGCCUGCACCCCAGCACAGUGGCACGCCUGUACAGGCAGGCCAGGUGAUGACUGCUGCUGGUGCUAAACCUCCUGCCCCCAGCGCAGGGCUGGACCCUCAGGGUGGCAGUACACCACAGCAGCAACGGGCAGCUCUUAAAGGCCAGAAACGAAGGAUACCUCCCACAUCAAAGAUUCCCUCCACAGCAGUAGAGAUGCCAGGCUCAGCUGAUGUCCCCGGGCUAAACCUCCAGUUCGGAGCUUUGGACUUUGGCUCGGAGUCUGCAUUGCCAGACUUUGGAGUUGUGGAUAAUUGUGUAGGUGCGGUAUCCAGGGAGUCAACACCAGCCCCUGCCCCAGCACCAACUGCACCAGGACCAGGGACACAGAGCCAGACAAGCCUGUACUCAAAACCACUCAGUGAGUCGCUGGGCAGCCCUCUCUCGGUCGCCCUGCCUCUCCCCCUGUCAUCAUCUGAGCCAGUAUAUCACUCCUCCUCGGUGGCGCUAUCCAGCCUCCCUCCCUCCUCAUUAGGGACCGCCGGCUCCACCAAUCCUCCCUCUGCUUCUUCUGCAGCCUCCACCACCUCCUCCUCUGUGCCCCCUUCCUCUCACUACUCCACAGUGGGGGUGAGUUACGAUGGGACCAUGCCCCCUCACACACGACUGGCCUUUUCCCAGAGCAAAGAGGCCUCGGGACCAGUCAUGAAUGGUCUAAAUGGUGUAAGGACCUCAGCUGCUCUAGACGCUUCAUCAGCGUCCUCAACACCGAAGCCAGACUCACCAUCUCUGCACAUCAGCACCAAUGGCGCCUCAGCACCCUCCUCCCAUUUACCUUCUUCCCUGCCUCCACACAGCUCCACCACACUCUCCAACCUGGCACAGGACCUGCCUUCUGUCAGCCAGCUCAACUCACUCAACAGUCAUGUCAGCAGCCAUUCCUCAGUGUCAGCUCUGGGCUCCAGCUCCCUCACUUACACUAGUGUUGACAACAACAGUAGUGUAAGCUCUCUGGCUCCCUCCUCUGGCUCUUACACAUCAUCGCAGCCCUCAGCCUCCGCACUCCACUCGACCCACAUCAGCAGCAACAGUAGCAUCAGCCACCUGGCCAACCUGCCCAACAUGGGCAACAACAUUAUGAGCAGCACAGUUGGUGGUCUUGUUGGUGGACUUCACUCUGCUGCCGCCACCAGCGCAGCGCUGGGACUUGGCUCCAAUGGAGCUACUGCCACGUCCAACCUCUCUGCACCAAGGACCGCCCCCCUGCUCUCCUCUGCUGGUAAAGCUCCUCCUAACCUGUCCCAGGGAGUACCUCCUCUACUGCCCAACCAGUAUAUCAUGGGCCCAGGUGGGCUGCUACCAGCAUACCCACAGAUCUAUGGCUACGAGGACCUCCAUAUGCUCCAGUCAAGACUGCCAAUGCCCUCUUUACAGGAUUAUUAUGGAAUCACAUUCCCCGGCCCCGCUGCACUCUCAGGCAGAGAUGGGAGCCUAACCAACAACCCCUACUCAGGUGAAGUCAACAAGUUCGGCAGGAAUGACUCCACCUCCCCAGCACCCCCCACAAGCCACGCAGCCCCACAGCCUCCCCAGGGCCAGAAUCAAGGACAGAGCCAGGCCCAGCCUCAGCCUCCUCAGGCCCAGCCUCAGCCGCAGGGCCAGCCACAGCACCACAACAGUCAGCAGGCUUUCCUGCCUCCAGGCUACAGCUAUACUGGCCUGCCUUACUAUCCUGGGGUUCCUGGCGGCGUACCCAGUGCUGCUGCCUUUCAGUACGGCCCCACCAUGUUCGUCCCCCCUGGGGGUCCGGGACCAGCCUCAGCCAAGCAGCACAGUAUGGGACUUGGUUUGGGAAACCCCUCGGCUAGCCCAUUCCAGCAGCAGACACAGCAGCAGCCAAGUGGUUAUGGCCAGCACACUUUCAGCUCAGGGUAUGAGGAGCUGACAGCAGGGCCAGCAGGAGUAGACUACAGUAAAGGAUACAACUCCUCCUCACAGGCACAAGCCAAAUCUGCUGCAUCUGGGCCCGGCAAAGGCGUAUCAGUGACGUCCAGUAACUCGGGUGUGCCAGAUAUCAGUGGAAGUGUUUACAAUAAGACCCAGUCUUUUGAUAAGCAGGGUUUCCAUGCGGGGACCCCUCCUCCCUUCAGCCUACCAUCAGCACUGGGGGGUCCAGGGCCUCUGAACCCCGGAGCAGCUCCUGGAGGCUAUGCACCAGCCCCAUUUCUCCACAUCCUGCCUCACCAGCAACACUCACAGCUGCUGCACCACCAUCUAGCUCAGGAUGGACAGGGUGGUCCGAACCAGCGAGGCCAGUCCAGCAGCCUGCAGCAGAAGAGCCAAGUCAACAAGUCGAGCUACGGCAGCUCCCCCUACUGGGCCAACUGAGAAGGCUACACUUAUGAUGUGUGUUUGUGCCCGUGUGCAAGGACGGACACCCAACACACGGCACCACACUUACGUAUCUGACUGACGAGAUCAUAGAAGGACAAACCAUUUUACAACACAAGCUAAAACACACACACACACUACCACCCCUCCCCCUUGGCUCUGUAUAUCCCCUUUUCAAAUUUAUGGCUGUUGUAUGUAAAAUAUAUUUAUGUAUGUAUUUAUACAGUAUAUAUGUAUUGGUAGGACAUAAAAUGUGGUUUCUGCAUUUUGUUUUUAUUUUGAAGGACAUUUUAUUUCAAAAAAAAUGUGGAAAGACGAGAAUGCUAAAUCAUGGAGAUGAAGUUGGUGAAUAUACUUGAACACAAGCAUCUUGUGAUGUGGAUUUUUUUGUAUGCAUACAUGAAUCGAGAAUGAUGUACAUAGAUUCUACACAUCAUUUUCACGGCAAAGGCCUUUUUUUAUUUUAGAAGAAACAAGUUUUUGUAACUUUGGUCCCCUGCAUCUGUGAAUCCUUAUAUUGAGGGUGACUUGAGUUGAUAGCUUGACUUUUAUUUCUGCCCCGUUUCCCUUCAUCUGUCUCUCAUUCCUCAAUUCUUAAUAGUUGGCUGGUUUUACCAGCCAGGCCUUGGAUUUGAUGUCAUUUUAACAUUGGUUUAAUCCUUGUUGUCCAAAUUAAAAGUUAUGAACAGUU